AUCACUAAAUCUCAAUUUGACUUUUUCAUACGAUAAUAGUCGAAAAAGUUGAUGUACUUGUUCAUGGAAGAAUAUACACACUGCUUUUUAUUCCAUUGUUGGUUAUUAUUUCAAAACUAUGGUAUAAUAUUUACCUUAAUAAUUAUUUUUAAUAAUAAAAAUAAAAUCAAACUUUCCAAUUAAUGUAGUCGUAGGUUUAUAACACCAAUCAUAGUCCAGUCGAGACGUACAGUCAUAAAAUUUAUGUAUCUAAACCAUGCAAUAGUAGAAAUUUAUAUUUUCAACUCAUUUUUAUAAUAAUUGGAUCACAAAAUAUGUCGGAAAUUAAUUUGGUCUGCAAUAAUAAAAAAUGUCGUAUUAUUUUGAAUACGUAUGCAUGGGUAACGAGCUGCUCUCAUGUAUUUUGUGAUAACCAUGGUAGUGAAAUAUUUAAUCGAGAGAAAAAAUGUCCAUGUUGCAAUGAAGUACUCAAUAGACAUUUGGAUAUUGUUCAGACAAACUUAAAUCCAGAUGAAUCUUAUAAAUCUAUGAUACUAUGUGGAUUAAGACCAGAAAUUGUGAUGGAUAUAUCGUUACGAGCUGUAACUUUUUGGAACUAUCAAAUGGCACAAGAAAAAAUAAUUCAGGCAUCUAACACAAAACAUUUACAAGAAAAACUUGAACAAAUAAAAAUAAAUACAAAAGUUAUGGAGCGUCAGUUUCAAAAGUAUAUUUUAAUUGAGAUGAAAAAAGUAGAGUCAGCUUUGAAAGAUGCUGAAAUACAAAGACGAAAAACUCAAGUAAUUGAAGAAAAACUGAUGGAAAAGAAUAGAAUUUUACAUCAAGUUCAGUCUAAAUGUGAAUCUCUUAAACUUCAGCUAAUUUCUACAACAGUGAAAUCAACAAAAACAGAACAAACUUCUAAACCAUUAAAAAGUCAUACGGAUUUUGUGUUUGCCCCAAAUUUAAACUAAAUCAUAAAACAAAUAUAUUUAUAUUAAGAUAUUAAAACACACUACAAGAAGUUAACACUACUACACAAUACACAUUGUAACAAUUAUUAUU